UUCAUAGCAACGAGUUACAAUUCGCACCCCUCCCAUUCUGGCGUCCUGUCCAUAGGGAGGGGGCAGUGCAGGUGUACAUCAACCUGCUCCUCCUCCUCUUCCACAGGGAGGCAAAGCCACUUGAUAGAGGGAAUCUGCUGCUUCCUGCUAUAGUCACAACGGGUCUGAACUUUAUUGUAUGAAUGAGCUUGGAGAAAUAAGAGAAGGACAGGAUGGCCAACGCAGCACUGGAGAUGGUGGGUCUAUUAUUGACCCUGAUUGGACUGAUUGGGGCAGCAGCAAGCACUGGGAUGCCAAUGUGGCGAGUCACAGCCUUCAUUGGGGAGAACAUCAUUGUUUUUGAGACCCGCUACGAGGGUCUUUGGAUGAACUGUUUUCGGCAGGCUGACAUCAGAAUGCAGUGUAAGGUGUACGACUCUCUCCUGGCCCUGUCCCCUGACCUCCAGGCAGCGCGGGGCCUCAUGUGCUGCGCUCUGGCACUGAGUGGUCUAGGUCUGUUGAUCAGUUUGAUGGGGCUGCAGUGCACGUCGUGUAUCGAAAACAAUGAUCGGGCUAAGCGACUGGUCCUCAUCACUGCAGGAAGCAUGAUCAUAAUGGCUUGCAUCUGCGUCCUUAUACCGGUGUCCUGGACAGGUCACGUCAUCAUAAGGGACUUCUACAACCCCUUGCUGAUCGAUGCUCAGCGCAGGGAGCUUGGAGAGGCUCUGUACAUUGGCUGGGUGUCCUCGGCUUUCUUGUUCGCUGGAGGAUGUAUGUUUUUUUGUUGCAAUAUUCAGUCUGAAGGCAAAUAUUCAGAGAGGUAUGUGUACUCAAGGAACUCUGACUACAUGGCCUACCCUCCACAGCCUUUACAGCCUCAGCCACUGGUGCUACUCCCCCAGCCACAACCCCAGCUUCAGCCAGUGCUGUCAAGACAUCCAUCAACCAAUUACAGCUACCACUCUAGAUACCCUUCUGUACGCAGCGGGGUGGCUUAUCUCUGAACACUUAAACUGACUGAGGUAAUGAUGAUCACAGGCAUGGUCACUGUGUCCAAGGUAAUUUCUUAUUAACACAUUGGCAGUGCAAUCUAUGACACAUUUCAAAUUUCACAUUUCAGCUAUUUCAAAAUAAAAAAAACACACAUUUCCAUAACUACACUGAUUGUGAAUGCGAAUGGAUAGGACUGAAAUGGCUAUACAAUUUUUUAUCACUCUUUUUUACAUUAUUUGAGGAGAACUUAAUGUCUUGUUAAAGAGCACUAGUUUUGUUUUUGUUUUUUUCCAGAAGAAGAAGAAUCACUUUUAUACACACAAAGAAUUCAUCUUCUGCAUGUAACCCAUCCUUAGUUGAACACACAUGCAACACCCAGCAAAUUACAUGCAG